AUGCUAGGCGUAGAAGGCUCGUCUACGCCGUAUGCGCCGUCGUCAUCGCAUCUUGGCGUGACACGAUCACGUACGCUCUUCUUCUUAUCGAUUCGCGACUCGCUUGCACCAGGCGGGACGGCGGCCUCGUCAUCCCAUGCGCCGCUGCUAGGCGGCGACAACGGCGAUCAUCACGUAUCGCCUGCGGACGAUGUAUACUUUGAUGUGGACCGCCACGAUGUGUCUGUAUCCCUUCCGCCAUUCUGGGUCGAUACGACAGACGAAGUGGAUGCCAUUCUCACAGCGAUGAUACCCAAACUCCAAGAGCUCGAUCGCUUGCAUGCACAGCAUCUUCUUCCCUCGUUUGCCGACAAGUCGGCCCAGAAACGCGAGAUCGAGGCACUAACGGAAGAUGUGACGCAAGAUUUUCGGCGUGCGUCGCAGCAUGUGUCGAAGCUGGUAGCGCAAACAACCGAAGCCCUUCGGUCCAAGCGGCUCUCGAAGCACGAGGCCAUGGCCGCACGCAAUGCGCAAACCGCACUGGCUACGCGCGUCCAGCACAUGUCGUCUAUGUUCCGUCGAAAACAGUCGCAGUAUCUACGUCGCUUGCAAGGUAUGGAAGUCCAAGAAGAGAAAAAACCUAGUGACGCAUGGCUCUUGGACGAUGAAUCAAGUAUACAGGAAGAUGUGGCUUUGUCGGAACGUGUGCAAGGUGAUUCGCAGCAGCAAGCACUUCUCGAUGUCGAAGACCAUACACUAUCGACCAUUCAAGCGCGAGACGAGGAAAUCACACAAAUUGCGCGCUCCAUUUCCGAGUUGGCGCACUUGUUUCAGGACCUCUCUGCGUUGGUCAUUGAGCAAGGCUCGAUGCUGGAUCGCAUUGACUACAAUAUCGAAUCCAUGGCCACAGACGUCCAGCAUUCGUCGUCCGAGCUGAAUCGCGCCAUGGCGUACCAGGCUGGCUCGAAUCGUCGUUCUCUGAUCCUUUUGCUGUUGCUGUGCAUUGCGUUACUCAUAGCGAUUUUGGUCAUACGCCCCUUUUUCAGGUAG